AUGGCGGCUGCUGUGGAUCACCUUCUCCCACAGGACCUGUCUAAGCUGGACGUCAGCAAGCUGACGCCUCUUUCUCCAGAAGUCAUCAGCCGCCAGGCCACCAUCAACUUCGGGACCAUUGGUCAUGUGGCCCACGGGAAGUCGACAGUGGUUCGCGCGGUUUCGGGUGUACAGACAGUUCGCUUCAAACACGAAAAGGAAAGAAACAUCACCAUCAAGCUAGGGUAG